UACACAGGCGAGCAGGAUGAUGUUCACUACACAGGCGAGCAGGAUGAUGUUCACUACACAGGCGAGCAGGAUGAUGUUCACUACACAGGCGAGCAGGAUGAUGUUCACUACACAGGCGAGCAGGAUGAUGUUCACUACACAGGCGAGCAGGAUGAUGUUCACUACACAGGCGAGCAGGAUGAUGUUCACUACACAGGCGAGCAGGAUGAUGUUCACUACACAGGCGAGCAGGAUGAUGUUCACUACACAGGCGAGCAGGAUGAUGUUCACUACACAGGCGAGCAGGAUGAUGUUCACUACACAGGCAUCCACCACAGAAACCAGGAAGUGCCUGUCUGUUGCAAAAUAGACUGUUUUUGAGAAACAUUGAUGGCUGUUGUGUUGUUGAGAUGCCAGUAGAGAGCGCUGUAGUACAGUCCACUGGAAACAUGUUUUAGUGUAGCUGGUGAGACCUACAGAAGUGCAGAGAAACCACAGGCCUAUUGGUACGGUCCAAUUAUGUUCACAUGUUGUUUAUAAGCACUUCAGUGGCGUGUUGGUUGUCAGGAAAAGGCAUCAUGGGUACAGGAAGCCAGCUGUGCAUCAACAUCUUAGACCCUCAGUACAUCUAGUUGGUGUCAACCACAGAACUCACACUCUUCUGUUUCACACAGCCAGUAUAAGGUCUCCUACCAAACUCCUCUCUUCACUCUGUAAGUACCUUUUACAUUACCAUUCUACUUGUUCUUGGUGGUUUGUUCUGCAGAAUGAACACCUUCCUAAUAUUGAUUUGCACCCCCCCAUUUACGCUCAGAACAGCCUCAAUUCAUUGGGACAUGGACUCUACAAGGUGCCGAAAGCGUUCCACAGGGAUGCUGGGCCAUGUUGACUCCAAUACUUCCCACAGUUGGCUGGAUGUCCUUUGGGUGGUGGACUAUUAUUGCUACACAAGAUAAACUGUUGAGAGUGAAAAGCCCAGCAGCGUUGCCGUUGUUGACACAAACCAGUGCGCCUGGCACCUACUACCAUACCCCGUUCAAAGGCACUUAAUGAAUAUUUUGUCUUGCCCAUUCAGCCCCUCUGAAUGGCACAUGUACACAGUCCAUAUCUCAAUUGUCUCAAGGCUUAAACAUUCUUCUUUAACCUGUCUCCUCCCCUUCAUCUACACAGAUUAAACUGGAUUUAACAAGUGACAUCAAUAAGGGAUCAUAGCUUCCCCUGGUCACCUGAGCAGGUGUUCCUAAUGUUUUGUAUACUCUGUGUAGACAGUCUUAAAAAGGAAGUAUAGUUCUGUAUCAGCUACUUGUGUCCUGACCCAUGUUCCCUCUAAUGUUUUGUAUACUCUGUGUAGACGGUCUUAAAAAGGAAGUAUAGUUCUGUAUCAGCGACUUGUGUCCUGACCCAUGUUCCCUCUAAUGUUUUGUAUACUCUGUGUAGACGGUCUUAUUAAAAAGGAAGUAUAGUUCUGUAUCAGCUACUUGUGUCCUGACCCAUGUUCCCUCUAAUGUUUUGGGGCACUGAGCAAAUUUGAGGUCUUGUGAGUGGAAACUUGAACAUUGUGAUAAUUGUGUGCAACUUCCAGCACACAUUUACAGUGAACACUGAGGCUUUACCCUUACAGUUACAGACCAAGUCAAAUAUGAAUGAAUUCAUGUCAAGCCUUUCAUGAGGUAAAAACACAUUUAAACGUCUCAUGUAAUGUAGGCCUGCAUUGAACACCACAUAUAGCCUACUAGCCGGCUAUUGUGGUUAUUGGAGCAUAAAGUAGGCCUACCAACAAAACCAAUGGAGCAAAUCCUAUAACAUUUUCACAUGGAAAUAGCUUUUCAUUUCUAUGACAUAGCCUACAGUAGCCCGUUCAAUGCAGGACUAUAUUGCAUGAGACUUAAAUUCUUCUUAAUCUAACUGCACUGUCCAGUUUACAGUAACUAUUACAGUGAAAUAAUACCAUGCUAUUGUGUGAGGAGAGUGCACAGUUAUGAACUUGAGAAUGUAUGAAUAAACCAAUUGGGCACAUUUGGGCAAACUGGAUACAAGUCUGCCCCCCCCCCCCCCCCCAGAAAUGCAUGCUAUUGUCUUUGUAUUGUCUUUUACCAGAUCUUUACCAUUUUACCAGAUUCACAUUUCCACAUGGUAUCAAGAAUAUCCAGAAUCUUGCUUCAGGUCCUGAGCUACAGGCAAAUAGAUUUGGUGUGUCGUUUUAGGCGAAAAUUGGGGAAAAAGGGUCCGAUCCUUACGAGGUUUUAAAGACCUCUUGAAGUGUAUUCUACACGUUCCGAGAAUAAAACAGAUUCAGACCAAUACAUUAAUAAUCAUGCUGUGUGUCACGUCGGCUCCUCUCCUUGUUCGGCGUCACCGGCUUUCUAGCCAGCACCGCUCCAUUUUUCUUAUCUCCAUUUGUUUUGUCUUGUUCCCUAAUCACAUUGCAUGUAUUUAGUCCUCUGUUCCCCUCAUUGUCUUUGUGUGAAAUUGUUGUAUGUUAUGUGGGUAUUUACUACGCGCCUGAUUUUUUGUCCAUGUUCCGUGUUUUGGAAACGUUUAUUGUAUUCUGUGCUGUCGUUUUGGAUCGGAAUAAAAGUGUGCCUGUUACUACACGCUACUCUCCUGCACCUGACUUCGCCUCCCUUACACACCCUUAACACUGUGUGCUAAGUAUCAGGUGUAGUUAUUUCACCAGUUAUCAAGUGUUUUAGUUGUCUACCUUUAUGUGUCUAAGACUGCAGGGUGGGAGAUGCAACAAUGUCCUUGAGAACAGCAGGAAGUGUGUUGGUGGUCUUUCUCUGGUCUGUGGCAGCAACUACGGCAACAAAGUGUGGACAAAAAAGCCAAGUUAUGGUGUCUCCCAGCAACGCAGUGUGGGGACAGAGGGUAACACUGACCUGUAGAACCACCUGUCCUCUGAGUGACAACCCCAACCCCACCUACAUCUGGUACAGGAAUGAACAACGUCUAGAUGAACCCACCAUUCAACAAUACUCUGUUAUCAGUUAUUUUACACACAGUUACUCCUGUGCAGUAAAAGGCCACGAGGAUCUGCACUCUCCUGCAGUGUGUGUUCUGGGAAAGAACUGUUUCAACGUGACUUACACCCAUCAGAGUAUCUGUGCCUUGAAGGAGUCAACAGUGGAACUGCCCUGCACAUAUCAACAUCCAAGUAAUCAUGUAGUCUCAGAACCAAACUGGUAUCUUCAAGAUAAAUAUAAUGAAGCGCCUAAAAUCCUGAGCUCGGUGCCAGAGUAUGCAGGUCGUGCUGAGUACCUUGGAACUAAAGAGAAAGACUGCACCCUGAGAAUCACAGACCUGAGAGAGAGUGACUCAGCUGAGUACUGGUUCACAUUCAAGACUCGGACGCAACUCGAUUGGUAUAAUUCCCUUCAAAGAGAGGAGCGUGUCAGGCUGUCUGUCACAGGCCUGCAGGUGAAGGCGUCUUCUGCCAUGGUGACAGAAGGAAAGGCGGUGAUACUGACCUGUAGAACCACCUGUACUCUGACUGACAACCCAAACCCCACCUACAUCUGGUACAAGAACGGACAACUCGUGAACACCCAAGAUAACUACCUGUUUCUAGACCCAGUCAGCAGAGAGGAUGCAGGCAGCUACUCCUGUAUUGCAAAAGGAUAUGGGAAUCUUCACUCUGCUGAUGAGACUCUCACUGUCAUUUAUGCCCCCAAAAACACUUCAGUGUCAGUCAGUCCCUCUGGUGGAAUAGUGGAGGGCAGUUCAGUGACUCUGACCUGCAGCAGUGAUGCCAACCCACCUGUGGACAAAUACACCUGGUACAAGAAGAAUGUAACCUCACCAAAAGCAUCAGGACAGAGUUACAGCAUCACUAACAUCAUCUCUGAGGACAGAGGAGAAUACUACUGUGAAGCUGUGAAUGAAGUUGGUGCCCAGAAGUCUACAUCUCAAUUGAUAAUUAUAGCAGGGAAAGAAACAUCUGUGAAGAAUGCAGCUGUAGGAAUCACAGUGCUUGUUCUGGUUCUCAUCCUCUGUCUCUCUGGACUCAUGUGGUUCAGGAAGAAGGCCUCCACAUCCACCUCUGUCAAGAGGGACACAGCAGGCAAUGGACAGGUAAACUCAAGCCUUGUUCAUGUCAACGUCUCAGGCAUGGCCAUGACCCCUACUGCAGCACAGAGAGCAGACACAGACAGCCAGGAUGAUGUUCACUACACCAGCAUCUACUUCUCUGGCUCCAGUAUCCAUGAAGUGCCUCUGUACUCGACCAUCCAACUGCCUCGACCCCAGAAAGAGGAUGUCCUGUACGAUGUUGUGAAAUUCAACCGCGCCAGUGCUGCCACCCAGUGAGCCAGUCCAGCCAUUACAUCAAAUCAGAAAAUCUCAUCAUUAAAUGACCUCUCUCACAGGAGGACCUCUCUCACAGGAGGACCUCUCUCACAGGAGGACCUCUCUCACAGGAGGACCUCUCUCACAGGAGGACCUUUCUCACAGGAGGACCUCUCUCACAGGAGGACCUCUCUCACAGGAGGACC